AUGGCCCACAGAUCAACAUCACCAAGACAUGUACUGCCUCAUACCCUCUUGCCAAUGCAUCUGCAAUCGACCCCUUCCUCUGGGACAGCAACCCCUAUUAAUGCUGUCCCGACGACUCUUUCAUCGAUACCAACUCAACAACAAGCUUACAGCAUGCACCAGUCACCGAAUAAUGCAUACACCCCACAGGAGUCCUUCGAGCUCGUCUCGCGCAUGGGUGUCAAGAAGGCGUACAUGCGCAUCGACAAGAGCUUCCUCAGUGCCUGCUCGGCUGGCAUGAUAUUGUCCUUCGCAUGCGCAACGCUCAUUUCAACCAACACAGCACCGUGGUAUCAGGAGAAUGCACCAGGUCUCCUCAAGACAAUUGCGGCGCUCGUGUUCCCAUACGGCUUGGUCAUUGUGCAGAUGACAGGAAGCGACCUGUGUACAGGCAGCUUCAUGUACACGACUGUUGCAGCACUGCACAGACGACUCAGCAUAUGGCGGAUGUUGAGACACUGGGUUGUGACCUUCUUUGGAAACCUUGCCGGAAGUCUAUUUGUGUGUUGUGUCGUCGUUGGGUAUGGUGGACUGUUCGAUGGAAAGUUAUAUCGAGAAGAGUCGUUGCACUUUGCGUACAAGAAACAAGUUGAACCAGAGUGGUACCAAAUCUUCCUGAGAGGCAUCGGCGCGAAUUGGUUGGUGUGUCUAGCAUGCUUCCUUGGGUGUUCGGGUCGGGACUACGUGUCCAAGGUGGUGGGCAUAUGGUGGCCGACAUUUGCAUUCGUGUCAUUAGGCUUCGAUCACGUUGUAGCCAACAUGUUCCUGAUACCCAAUGCCAUCUUCCAUGGCUCACCCGACAUCACCAUCAGCAUGUACAUUGGGAAAGGCAUCGCCCCUGCGCUGCUUGGGAAUAUUGUGGGUGGCGGCUUGUUUGUCGGAGUUCUCUACUGGUAUCUACACCUCCAGGGUCAAGACGACAUCCUCAUUGACGGUCAUCGCUAUGAAUCGCUGAGGAGAUCAUCAAAAGACUUGGGGAGAUGGGUGAGGCUCAAGGAUAGGAAAGAGGUAUCUGAGAGAAGUCUGUCAAACCUGAGGACUCGAUUUGGGUUCCGCACAGCCAAGCGAUUUGACGUCAACGCUGGAAAACACCUUACCAUGACCAUGAAGAUCGAUCUUUGGCUUCUUGCCGCUAUCUUUUUCGGUGCUGCUGAAGCUGCCGUCUCUUCGAACUACACUGAAGCUAGACUUAGUUCUGGUACCAUCAAGCUCGGUAGCUGGCAGAGCGCCUACGAUAAGGCUUCCGCAUUCGUUGAUACCCUUAGCUCCUCCGACAAGCUCUCCAUAAUUACCGGAGGUAGUGCUGGCAAUUUCUCCGGUCUUGAGAUCCUCGAUUCGUCCGCCAACCCCAUCAAUUACUACUAUGUUACCGCUUGGCCAGCAGGUAUUGCAAUGGCCAUGACCUGGGACAAAGCCAUACUCGAGGGCCAAGGUCAAGCGUUGGGGGCAGAGUUCAAAGGAAAGGGAGUCAAUGUCGGUUAUGCUCCCACUGUACAGCCUCUUGGACGUUCGCCCUGGGAUGGACGAGGCGGUGAGAGUUAUGGUCCUGACUCCUAUUUCUCCGGCAUCAUGGGCGGCGCAUUAGCCAAAGGAAUGUUGGCUAGUGGUGUUAUCCCUGGCGCGAAGCACUACGUACUGAAUGAGCAGGAGACCAAUCGUCAAGGCUCGAACAGUAUGGGUGGUGGAAUGGCUGGAGGCUUUGGUGGCCCCGGAGGCAACUCCACAGAUGGUAACGCUGGUGGCGCACCUCCCAGCAUGCGACGUCGCCAGGACCUCACGGACAAUUCCACGGCAGCUUCCUCCGAAGCCUAUAGUGUUGUAGUCGACGACAAAGCUCUCCACGAGACCUACCUCGCACCGUUUUACGAUACAGUCAAGAACGGUGUGGGUGCUGUCAUGUGCGCAAUGAACCGUAUCAACGGCACUUACGGAUGCGAGAACCAGGACACACUUUCAAGGCUUCUCAAAACUGAGAUGGGCUUCCCUGGCUUUGUCAACCCAGAUGCAGGCGCUCAGAAAACAGGUGUUGACUCCGCAAAUGCCGGGCUUGACUACGGUUCUUCGUCAUACUGGAGCAAUGCCACUCUCAUUGCUGGCAUAGCCAAUGGGACCUUCACCGAAGAUCGCCUAAACGAUAUGGUCAUUCGUAACCUCAUUGGUUAUUUCCGCCAAGAGCAAAAUAUGAACUACCCGACACAUGCAGGUUAUACAGAUCAUGUUGACGUGCGUGGCAAACAUGGCGAAUUGGCACGCAAGUACGCAGCAGAGUCAUUGGUGCUUUUGAAGAACACCGAUGGUGCUCUUCCACUUACCAAAGCUCAGCGUGUUAUAUCCAUCUUUGGCAGCCAUGCCGCUCCACGCAACGUCGGACCAAACACUGCUCUCACCGUCCAGUCUGGUGUGGCCGAUAUCAUGGAAGGCCAUAUGACUCAGAACGGCGGUAGUGCAAUGUCAUCAAACGCGUUUUUGGUGACUCCAUUCCAGGCCUUCAACGAACGAGCCGAAUCAGAUGGGUUCAUGCUCAAGUGGUGGUUGAACAACACAGUCGUCGAGAGCUCAGGUGGAGGUAUGAUAAUCAGCGAUGGCGCUGGGACGGAGAUUCAGGAAACCACUCUUGGUAUGGCAGACGGCUCUGAUGCGUGUAUCGUCUUCAUCAACGCUUGGGCUGGCGAAGGAGGUGACAGGAGUGAGCUUGCAAAUGCGGAGCAAGAUCAUCUAGUCAACUAUGUGGCGGACAACUGCAACAACACUAUCGUGGUUGUCAAUACUGUCGGUCCGCGCCUACUUUCACAGUGGAACGACCAUGAGAAUGUUACGGCGAUCCUAUACGGUGGCCCACUCGGUCAAUCUUCCGGUCAUGCGAUCAACGAAGUAUUGUUUGGCGACGUCAACCCUUCCGGCAAGCUUGUCCACACGCUCGCCAAGAACGAGUCUGAUUACGAUUCCAACUUCCAGAUCAGCGAAGCAUCCGAGAUUGACUUUACCGAAGGCAACUUCAUCGACUACAAGUACUUUGAUCAGCAGAAUAAGACAGUUGGUUACGAAUUCGGGUUUGGAUUGAGCUACACCAAUUUCGAGUACGCAUCUAACAUCACCGUCACUUCGGACACCGAGAAGUUAUCCGAGACCUACGCAUCUGGUGCACUCGCUGUUGGUGGCCGUGAAGAUCUUUGGGAUCUCGUUGCCACUGUAAGCACUACCGUUACCAACACGGGCCAUGUCGCCGGCGCGGAAGUCGCACAGCUGUACGUCGAGUUCCCUGCUGCAGCUGAUGAGCCAGUCAAACAAUUGCGCGGCUUCCAGAAGGUCACGAUCAAGCCUGGUCAGACCGAGAAAGUGCAGUUUCAGCUUCGCAGAAGGGACCUGAGUGUAUGGGAUGUCGUUGCGCAAGAGUGGGCGGUUGUGAAGGGGGAGUACAAGAUGCAUGUUGGAGCUAGCAGCCGCGAUCUGAAAGCUGCUGCAACGAUGCAGGUGUGA